AUGAUUUGUGACAGCUUCAGUGGCACUUUUGUUGUUGGCAAUGACGACGCCUGGAUUUCUUGAGCGAGUGGCAGCGUUUGCGACCUUCCUGUCAUGUUUUUUUUUCUGCUAAAGGCUAGAGCGCAGACAUCGAAAGCGAUAACGCCAGCGAAUUCAAGCGAAUUUUUUAGUGGAUGUCAGUGGCAUCCUAUCGAAGGAAAUCGGUUAGCUGUUUGUGAGAGUUGUAUGCGGGCAGGCUCCUAG